UUGAGAGAGUACAAGCAAUAGUUCUAGGUGUUUGGCGCAUUUUGGGUCAGGAGUUCAAGAGUAUAGCGUUGUGAGCAUGAAGUAUUUGGUGUUCAUUUGUUUGCUGGCUACCGUGGUGUCAAGUCCGGUACCACUGGAACCAGUUCAACCAUUGGCCAAAGCUGAAUCCGUAGGAUUGUUUUCAACUAUACUUGAAGCCAACAAACAAGUAGAUGAAGUCCAUCUCUUCGAGGGAGACAUCGUGCAAACUGUGAGUAUAGAAAACGCACUGAAGGACACAAGUAAAAGAUGGCCUAAUGGUCAAGUGCCAUAUGUAAUCAGUUGGAAAUUUAGUUCCUACGCAAAAUCUCAAAUUCAGAAGGCUAUCGACAGGUACCACGCUGAGACGUGCAUCAAGUUUGUUGAGAGAACAAACGAACAGAACUACAUCAAUAUUGUUUCUAAAAGUGGUUGUUAUUCGUCAGUCGGCGUAGUGGGCGGUGCACAAGAGCUUUCUCUUGGUACCGGUUGCUACGGAACCGUAGGUAUUAUCAUGCACGAGAUGAUGCAUGCGGUCGGAUUCUAUCACGAACAAAGCCGAACUGAUCGCGACAGUUACGUCACAAUCAACUGGAAUAAUAUCCAAGAUGGUAUGGCUUACAAUUUUGAUAGCUACUCAUCGUCCUUCAUCGAUGAUCUCGGAACGAAUUAUGACUACAAUUCCAUCAUGCAUUACGAUCAGUAUGCAUUCUCCAAAAAUGGCUACGCAACAAUUGUGCCAAAGCAAUCCGGAGCCACCAUCGGGAAUCGUGCUGAUUUCAGUAGCAUUGACAUUCAAAAGAUUAACAAAUAUUAUGAGUGUAGUGGUGGUGGUAAUGGAGGAGGUGACGGAGGAUCAUGUUCAGACAACGACAGCAACUGUUCCUCAUGGGCUUCGAGUGGCUAUUGUAGUUCAAGCAGCCAAUAUUAUCAAUACAUGAAGGAUAACUGCCCUGCUUCUUGCGGAUUAUGUUGUAAGUUUUAACGUCACGUUCAAAAUGACAGUUCUUUUUA